AUGUCAACGCCUAAGCAUGAGAUCGAGGAGCCAGUAGCAGAGGCUGGCUUGAUAGCGAAAGAGAAGGAGGCAGAUGGAGGGUACGAGGGAAGACAGGAGGAGGAGCUGGACGAGGCCACGACCAAGCACGACUUGCAUUCGGCGGCCGGCGAAGGUAUGUUGGGAGCAAGCAUCGGAUGAGAGUGGAUUUUCAUUUCUCAUGCAGGUGGAGCGCUGCAAUCGGCUAAAGUCGAAUCGGAUGAACCAGGAUUUGAUGGGCAACGACAUUCCAAUCCGCCAGCUGGGCACGGUCAGUCUACCGAAGCCGGGAUAAACACAACACAACAGGGCGAAGAAGAAGUACCAUAUCCAGAACCAGAUGCGGAAGAAGAUCUCCUUCCACCACCAGACUUCAAACCUUUCUUUACAGUGGUCGAAAGCACUGAAAGCGGCGAGCAUCACCAUCAUCCUGCUGUCCACUACGUCUUCGCGGACGACGAUCCAGACAUCCUCACAGAUGCGGCCCUCGAGAGUCUCGCCAACCAACAAGAAGAUCCUGCGAGCGAACGAUUCGUAUUACUCGACCUCUCCGCUGAUGGUACAGAAGUCCAGUCUGCGUCCUCGCUGUCGCCGGAUUGGCAGGCUCUGAAGACGCACAUUGCACCAGCACCAAGCUGGGGAGGCGGUGACGGCAAAGAUGCGGAGAGGGGGCUAAUGCUCAGGAUCUCAGGGCAAGAGGCGAAGCGCGAGUCUAGGUACAAGGGAAAGAGGCGAAAAGAAGAUGUCGAUGUUUUACUGAAAGCGUUUGAUGAGCAAAUGACCCGUUUGGAUGGCGUUCUUGGGAGUGACGCUGCUACUACAGAUACCCAUGGAGCGCCACAGCAAAAGGUUCACGAAAUAGAUUCGGUAUGA